CCGUGGCAUAAUGGAAUGAUCCAAAGUCAACUUGCGGCAGACGACAUUGAACCGACAUACUCUCUUCCUCUUUUUUGGUCCCGAGUAAGUGAAGGUGUACUUGCCAGCUUGAUUCUCUUACCGUCAAGACAUACCACCACCAAACUCUCCAAAAUGGCAAGCAAGAGAAAGGGAGGAGCGAAGACCAAGAAGCGCGCCCAGCGUGCGACUUCCAAUGUCUUCGCUAUGUUCGAUCAGGCUCAGAUCCAAGAGUUCAAGGAGGCCUUCACGCUCAUUGAUCAGAACAGAGAUGGUUUCAUCGACAAGGAGGAUCUCCACGACAUGUUGGCGUCCAUGGGAAAGAACCCCGGUGACGCAGAGCUAGACGAGAUGGUCGCCGAUGCUCCUGGUCCCAUUAACUUCACCAUGUUCCUCACACUAUUUGGUGAAAAACUCAAUGGUACGGAUCCGGAAGAAACAAUUCAAAACGCCUUCAAGCUUUUCGACGAAGAAGACAAGGGCAAAAUACACGAAGACUACUUGAAGGAGCUCAUGAUGACGAUGGGAGAUCGGUUCACCAAAGACGAGGUCGAGCUCAUGUACAAGGGCGCCCCCAUUGACGACGAGGGAUGGCUGGACUACUGCGCAUUCGUGCGACUCAUCAAGCACGGCUCAAAGGACGAAGAGUUGGUCAAAGGCGGGAACUAGGCUGAAUCAUUCUUUAUUACUCUGUACAGUUUUGUGUGUCCGUCUAUGGCCCUUUUCGUAACCAAAGCUUCGACUUAUAGGCUUCAGUCCGGGAACCGUCGGUAGUUUUGGAAAGUAUAAUACACUUUCGGGAAACGAGGGCCUCAAAAAGGCAGACAGAGCUGAAGCCUAUAAGCCGUGGUUUCGAAAACACCGUAUAAUCUACCGAAGACGCCAUCUUGAAUACCACAAUUUGUCACCAAUGUGCGCAGGAUGUUAGACCAACAUGUUGUUCUUUGUUGGCCACCGAACGAAUCUUUUAAAACAGUACUUUUAGAAUUUGUAUCAUCAUGGUUUCUUUUCAUUUUGAACUAUUUUUUAUGUAAAAAAAAAAGAAACAGCUGAAAAGAUCGCAAGUAAAAUACUGGCUGAAGGCAGUGGAUGCGAUGUAAGAACAUGGACUGUUGAAAAUGUGUGCCCAAUAUCAACAGAGAAAACAAUGCGAACAAACUGCGUCAUUCAUACUCAAGUGUAUUAUUUUCUUUUAAGUAGAUUUUAAUGGACUCUCUGCCGCUUAUUAUUUACACAGUUGAUUAUUAGCCAAGUUUUUAAAAGCCAAGGUUACACUUUCCCUUCGUCUAACCUUAAGCUUGAUUUUUUUUAUUUAUUGUGAAAUAAUUUAGAACUUUAAUAGAAAAGUACUUUACUAUCUAUUAGAAUAAUAAGAGUGGUGUAUGUUAAUAACAAUACCUGAUUGGUAAGCCAAAUAUUGUCACGUGUUUACUUUAUACGUAAGUUGAAAAUAAGACGUGUGAGAUUUUUAAGAUGCAUUUUUUGUCUUGCUUGCCACGUAGGCUAUAUGCAUGGUCUUCGUGCAAGUGUGCCGCUUUAUGUUCCUAUCUGCAAUGGGUACUAAUAGGGUCGGCAUACAUUGUAUGGACGUGCUAUAGUGGCAAGCUAAACAGAGUAUGUGUUUUUGAAGACUGCUAUAUUGGGCUGCAAUUUAUUGUGGAUAUCUUGAUCGAAUUAGCAUCAACGCAAAAAAUGGUAUCUUAAGGGUACCAGACUACUUAUCCCGCCCCUCUGCCGGUUUUGGUGUAGAUUUGCGUGGAAGCAAAAAAUACAAAAUGGCUGAAAAUCCGGUUUCGCAGAGAAUGCAAGCAAUGACAGAGGGGGCUAUUUAUGAGGAAUAUUCUUUACGGAUACAUGGGUAGACCUUAUCUGCCAAUCUUAACAGCUCUCGGUUCGGAUAGACAUGUGUUCUGGGUUCCAAUUUUGUGAACAAUUUCUGAUGCAAAUUUACCCAAACUGUGUCAAAAUAGCAAGAAGUUGGGUCAAACUGGCGGAGAAUAUGAGUUAAGAUCUCAUUCUUUUCCGGGUCAGUCUGACCAAGACAUGGGUCAGGCCCCAUGUGAGCUGGAAUUCGGGUCAGUCAACAUUCUUAUCCAGGAAGUUUUUUAGUGUCAUGUUGAAAUGACCGAGCAUAAAGUGGACCGGGUUGAAAUUGUAUUCAUUCAAUGCAACGUCACCGUACUAUUUCACGUUAAGACUCUGACACAAAUUCUUACUUUGUGAUCAAUUUUAUUCAGCACGAGAAAUACAGUGUUAAUAAAUUGAUGUUGUUUUUAUUCAUGAGAAA